CUCAUUAAUGGAAUUUAUUUCCGUAAUCUGAACCUGGGGGAUUCGGAGGCAUUUUCAGGAGUGCACGCAAUCGCGAUCGCUCGCUAGACUGUUUUUUCUUUUCACCUAAUGUUAUUUUAAUGUGAUAUGAUAAAAGACGAAUGUACCAGUCAAACUGACUGCGAGCGCUUGGCAUUCUGAACACGGUUUUACUGUCAAUAUUUCGCGAGGUUAAUUUUAUUUGUUGCUCUUUUUUUUUCUUCACUUUUUUUCUUUUGUCUCCCUUUUUUUCUUGCUUUUUUUAACAACCACUUACAGAGACAUUACAAUGGCUUGUAAUUGGACGUGUACUGCAAUUAUGAUUCAGUAAGUCACGGUGAUGUAUUUCGCCGGCUUCUUUACGGCGAAGUCUUCUCUCGUGAGGUGACAUUUCAUCUUAAUCUCGGAUGAUAUAUAGAUCGAGAAUCAUUCGCACGUUCCCGGCAAAUGGAAAUCUGUUACAAGGGCCAUCUAUCGCAAAACCAGUGUAGUGUCAUGGCGCCCACUACUUAUAUCGUUGCCAUCACCAGCCUGUUGCUACAACUACAGUCUGUGGUGGUGGACUCAAAUCACUACAUGUGGUGGACGUGCACGGCGGAAUGCCACCGGUGUGUACGACGCACGACGCCCAUGGAGCGGUGGAUCUCCGACUACUACUCGGGCCUGUUCAGUCCGAAGCCGCCCGUUUCCUUUUACGAUUCCAACGGAAAGCCCGAAGUCAACUCGGGAGCCAAUCCAAGUUAUCCGGACAGUUCCGAUUCAGAGAGUGGAAACCCAAGUAACAAUAGUCAUAACCCCGGGAAUCAUAACUACGGAUGCUGUGAAACAGAAUAUGGCCACUGGGCGCCCAACAGAACGAAUUACAACUCCAAACGAUACACCGUUGUACACCUCAGGCACAUGUAUCAGUUUGUCCCAGUCGGUAGAUGCAAGAAACUCACAACUUGCCUACAGGGUCAGUGUGUUCAGAUACUUCGAGCCCACUGGGUGCUGGUGUAUGAUGACAAGAAGAACUCGCUGGGCCCGCCCGUUACGUUUGUGCCAAUCAAAAUCCCGUCUCAUUGCGAGUGUCUUAACAUCGGCAGAGCCAGGCCAUGACACUAUUUCCAGACAACUGUCACCAUUGUGAAAACACUACCCAUGUCAACCGAGUUGCAACCCACUGACAUUCCUGUGAUAGCUAUUUGUGUAGUUAUAUUUCUCAAAUUUAAACUUACUGUCUAUGUGAAACGAAUGUGUCAUGUUCUUACGUUUAUCGUUCUUACAUUUCUUACAUUUAUCGAAGACUACGUCGAUUAUAAUGGUGAUGGUGAUGAUGAUGAUAAUAAUAAUGAUGAUUAUGAUGACAAUGAUAUGGUUGGAUCUAGAGGAUGUCUUAGGUCAGUUGCCCCUCCCCUAAAAACAAAAGAAUAAAAAAGUGACUCUUUUUCUUUAAGAGUACUUUUUUAUCUGAAUGGAGAAUGAAUGAAUGAAUGAAUGUUUAACGACACCCCAGCAAUCUAAGUGAAGAUAAUUCACGUUCCAUUUGGACCCUGAAUAUUGUUUACUACCCCCCCCCCCCCCACCCCCGCUCCCGCUCCCAUGGAUGAUGUUAAUGAUUGGGGUGAUGAUGAUAUUGAUACAUGAUGAUGAAUGUAAUGGAAGAUAAUUAUGAUUGAUUCAAGGCUUCAAGUUUUGGAUUUGAAACUUGGCUAUUCAAGUCAGAUAAUAAUGGGUUAAAUGAUACGGAAAUUUCAAUGUUGCCGUAUAAGCUAAUUGAGGCGGGAUUUAGCUCAGUCGUUUGAGCCCUCGUCUGAGGUGCUUACGUCGCAGGAUCGAACCAUCUCGGUGGAUCGAUUCAACAGACUGGGUUUGUUCUCGUUUCAACUAGUGCACCACGACUGGUCAAAGGCCGUGGUAUGUGCUUUUCUGUCUGGGAAAGAGCAUAUAAAAUACCCCUUGCUGCUAAUGGAAAAAUGUAGCGGGUUUCCUCCAAUGACUACGAGUCAGAAUUAUCAAAUGUUUCACAUUCAAUAACCGAUUAUUAAUUAAUCAAUGUGCUCUAGUGGUGUCGUUAAACAAAACAAAUUUUCAAUAGCAAAAAGUGGGGGUUUUCUUAGUUAUUUGUCAAUAAACAUACCACGGAUAUCAUCAUAUGUAUUUAUAACUAAAUUAGUUUAAUGUGUCCCAUUUAAACACGCCAUUGCUCUCGGCCACUAUCACCCGAUGUUGGAUUGAUUGCACCGUUUCAUUUCUAUUUAAAGGGACAAACCCUAGUUUAUAAACACUAAGGCAUAUUGUUCACUAUUAGAGCCGUUUAUGACAACUGAACUCAAGCAUUACUUAUAUUUAAAGGGACAAACCCUAGUUUAUAAACACUAAGGCAUAUUGUUCACUAUUAGAGCCGUUUAUGACAACUGAACUCAAGCAUUACUUAUAUUUAAAGGGACAAACCCUAGUUUAUAAACACUAAGGCAUAUUGUUCACUAUUAGAGCCGUUUAUGACAACUGAACUCAAGCAUUACUUAUAUUUAUUGUUUAGAUUAUCCAUUUCCGUACAACCGAAGUGCACUUUUUCAUAUUUUUUAAAAAACGCACGUGCGUCUGAGAUGUAAUAUGUUAUGGAGUCGCGUUUAAUCUAGU